GGGACCGGACCGGAUCAAGACCGGACUGUAUCCAGAUCCAAUCUUUGGUCCUUAUAUUACCGAAAAGACCGAACCGAGACCGGAUUAAUUCGGGCCAAUUUAACUGGACCGGACCGUAUAGCCACCCCUAAGAUCCAAUCCAAUGCUUUAAUUAACUAAUCUUUCUACCCUUCACUAUAAAGAAGAAAUGGCAAUCAGAAAUAACAAACCUGCCAUAGUGAUGAUGGUUAUCAACAAAGCAUUGCUACCGGCGGUAGUAUUGGCAACCAUAAUUAUCAUCACGGCACGCCAUUCGGUCCAGGAAACAGUUUCCGUCGCCAAUCUCUUGAGCAACAAAAUACUGAUUGUGCAUUGUCGAUCCGGAGACGGCGACGACCUUGGAGGCCAUGCGGUAGCCGCUGGGGACACCCUCAGCUGGAGUUUCGAGCCGAGCGUCGUUGGCAGGACACUUUUCCGGUGCAAGCUCGCGGUGGAAGACAGGCGUAUUUCGUUCGUGGCGUACGAGCAGUACGAAGAAGCCUUCAGCGGUAACUGGAUUGUUCGUGAUGAUGGGGUUUAUGGGAACCCCAACCACCUUCCGACCUUUCUGAUGGCUGCAUGGAAGCGGCCAUCAACAGCAUAGGAGGUGCGGAGUCAGGAUUUAGCAAUCGGGGGGUCGGAGUUUCUUAAUAUGUCAAGAAGACAUGUAAUCCAUAGGUACUCGCGAAAACAGUAUGAGCAAAGUGAAUUUAUCAAGAGUAUGGAUAGUACGAAUAAUAUUAUGUAUUUUAAUUUACCAACAGAAUUUUACUGGCAAAGUAUUCGAAAGUUUUGUAAUGGAAUGAUAUAAGAUGUAUUUUUAGUUUUUUAGGUAAGAAUUUAAGCUAUUGCCACCUGUUGGUGAAUAUGUUUGGGUUUUCCAUGCAGUUUUUUUUCUCUCUCCAGAUGUACGUUGUUUAUGUUUUUGCUUCUCUUUUCUUUCUUCUUUUUCUUGUGAUAUGUAGUCAGUGGCAGUGGCAGUUUUGGGUUUUCCUUGCAGUUUUUUUUCUCUCCAGAUGUACGUUGUUUAUGUUUUUGCUUCUCUUUUCUUUCUUUCUUUUUCUUGUGUGAUAUGUUUUCAGUGGUAAUGGCAGUGGCGUAACCAGAAAUUUAUCUAAUGUAGAUCAAACAUGGAAAAGAUAUAUUCAAACAAAAUACUGAUUGUGCAUUGUCAUUAUGGCACGUCCUUCGGUCCAGGAUACAGUUUCCAUUACCAAUCUCUUAAGCAACAAAAUACUGAUUGUGCAUUGUCGAUCCAAAGACGACGAUCUUGGAGGCCAUGCGGUAGGCGUUGGGGAUAGCUACAGUUAGAGACACUAUUUUUUUAGUGUCAAAUUAUAAGAAGUUUUUGGGUUGGGAGCUAGUGGAACUUAGUCUUGUCAGGCUUGGUUUUAUCUUGUCACCUUAUCACUUGGUUGUCUUGUCACCAAGUACUUCUCGUCAAUUUGCUAGUUGCUAUCAAGUUCGUCUCAUUGGCUUGAUAUCUUUCGGUUUGCCACAAAUUUUAUGUACCUGUUACCAAGCUCGCGCUGCCAGCUUGGUCUCCACACUUAAUUAGUUUUUGGAAUCUCAACAAGUUGGUAUCUUGUCGCCUUGUCGGCUUGGUACCCUGUUAGGAGGCCACCUAUGCAAGCCCGUCUUGACAACUUAGAUUAGUCUACAUGUGACCCCUUUGAGGCUCUACACCAAGGAUCUUCAUCAAAUCGACACCCUAUCAACUCAGACAUCUUGGCCGAUGAUGAGAUUGGAUUUAGGUUAGUACGAUUAUGUGUAUGGGGUUAGUAUGUUUACGUGCUUAGUUCUGUGGUUAGUAAUAGUUUGUUAGGGCUUGGGCCAAAGCUAGUAUUAUUAGGUUAGGAGUCAACUAGGAUUAGAAAUAAAAUUAGGUAUUUCUUUUAGGUUGUCGAGUUGGCUAGAUGAGUGGUAGGUUUCGGCCUAAAUUAGGGUUAGUCGUCUAUAUAUUUGUAAGUUCGGGAUUAGUUUAGAAAAAAACAAUCAAUAAACUAAGUGUAUUUCGACACCUAUGUCGUUCUCUCUCUUUUGAGUUACAAACAAAACUCUUAAAUUGUAAGUGACGGACCAUCAACCGACCAGCCCUCGCGCCUGAGAUUCCAUAAUUAGUCUUGAGAAUCUAGGAAUUUUCCAUGACGGCUUGGUAUCUAGUCGGGUGGCCACCUCAUGAUGGAAUUGAAAGUGCAAUCUCAACAAAAAAUCGGGAGCCUAAAUCUCAAAACCAAGAUAAAAAUCAAUAUUCUACCAAAAACUGACACUAAAACCCGAGUUUCACCCUUUAUAUAGGUUUGGACCAUUAAAAAUAAUUAAAACAACUUUAAACACCAAAUCCCGUCACCCAGAUCCGAUACCUGGUCGAGGAAGUUUCGACCAGAAUCCUCCUCUGGGAAUUGGGCCCGGAACCCAGGGCUCCUUGGGCUCACAUCACACAUUGUCAACCCAAAGACGACGACCUUGGAAGCCAUAUAGUAGCCGUUGGGGAUAUCGUGAGUUGAAACGUUAUUUGAGUUUUUAAGUUUGCUAAUUAAAGUAAAACAAGGUAAAAGUA